AUGGCUGUGAGCGGCUCAGACCUCCUGAAUCCCAUGACCCUUGACCCCUACAGCAGUUGUCCCUGUCCCUGGACAUUUUCUCCUGGCCUUGACACAUGUGGCGGCGAUGCUGUCCCGGAGUUUGACUUUAAAGUUCCCACGUUAGAGGAUCGUAGAGACGAGGAGACCGACUUCAGGAAAAAUGUGACAUCCCUGUGUACUGUGGCCAGCAUUCUCUGUCUGUGCAUGUAUUUUGUGUAUCUGGACCUAGGACUGCUGUCACAGAGCCUGGAGUUCAGCUCUCCUGCCGACAACUACACGGUGUGCGAAGGUGACAACGCCACCCUCAGCUGCUUCAUUGAUGAGCACGUGACCCGCGUGGCCUGGCUGAACCGCUCCAACAUCCUGUACGCUGGCAAUGACCGCUGGACCAGCGACCCGCGUGUGCGGCUUCUCAUCAACACCCCUGAGGAGUUCUCCAUCCUCAUCACUGAGGUGGGGCUCGGCGAUGAGGGCCUCUACACCUGCUCCUUCCAGACCCGCCACCAGCCAUAUACCACUCAGGUCUACCUCAUCGUCCAUGUCCCUGCCCGCAUUGUGAACAUCUCGUCUCCUGUGACGGUGAAUGAGGGGGGCAAUGUGAACCUGCUCUGCCUGGCUGUGGGGCGGCCGGAGCCCACAGUCACCUGGAGGCAGCUCCGAGACGGCUUCACCUCCGAGGGAGAGAUUCUUGAGAUCUCCGACAUCCAGCGCGGCCAGGCCGGGGAGUACGAGUGCGUGACUCACAACGGGGUUAACUCGGCACCCGACAGCCGCCGCGUGCUGGUCACAGUCAACUAUCCUCCGACCAUCACGGACGUGACCAGCGCCCGCACCGCCCUGGGACGGGCCGCCCUCCUGCGCUGCGAAGCCAUGGCGGUGCCUCCCGCGGAUUUCCAGUGGUACAAGGAUGACAGACUGCUGAGCAGCGGCACGGCCGAGGGCCUGAAGGUGCAGACGGAGCGCACCCGCUCGAUGCUUCUCUUUGCCAACGUGAGCGCCCGGCAUUACGGCAACUACACGUGUCGCGCCGCCAACCGACUCGGAGCGUCCAGCGCUUCCAUGCGGCUCCUGCGUCCAGGAUCCCUGGAGAACUCGGCCCCCAGGCCCCCAGGGCCCCUGACCCUCCUCUCUGCCCUGGGCUGGCUGUGGUGGAGAAUGUAGGCGCAACCCAGUGGAGCUCGCCUCCCCCUGCAGGGGGCCUCGGGCCACGAGCAAGAGAAAAGGGGGAGCAGGAGCUGCGGGUCUCGAGGGGGCAGAAGAGCUCUGGGCCACCCACCGAGGAAGGAGAGAGGAAGAGGAGGAGGAGGAAGAAAGAUCUUUAGAGAACCCAUCACUGUGAGGGAUAACGCAAAAUUAUGCAUCUUUCUACAGCCAUUCUCACCACCCGUUCACGUUCCCGAUUGUGACCCACCCCUGCCGCCCCAUACCCCUCUUAGCUCAGGCUGUCAACUGACUCAUGGUGUGGGUGUGGGUGUGUGUGAGUGUGAGCCUGCGUGUGUGUGUGUGUGUGUGUGUGUGUGUGUGUGUGUGACUGGGUGGGCUGGGGAAGGGGACUCAGCCGUCCUCCCUCCCCCAACACCCCCAUGCCCACCGUCCCCAGCCUUGCUGCCUCUCACCUCUGGCUGGAGGUAGGUAUGGGGACCUUGCAGUGGAAGAUGUGAAGAGAGGUCUGCCAGGCUCCCUGUCUCCCCAAUAUUAUGCACGCACACUGACCCCUCCCCUCCUUGUCUCCUGGGCAGGCUGGGGGGGGUCGCACUCACCUGUCAAGCUGUCAUUCAGCCUUUGUGAUAAGUGGGGGCUCUCCAUCUGGGCUCCGGGCCUCCCUGCUGUCAAAUACCAGCUGCCUGUAGCCAGAGGCCCCAUCACUGGCUCAGUGGCCUGAGACCUUCCCACUGCCCCCGUCCCUCCCCAGCCUGGACUUUCUGGCCUCCUCCCGGGCCAAUCGGUGCUUCCAUCCCACUGUCAGACUGGUGGCAGUCGUCACCUGUCUGUCUCAGUGCUUUGCCCUGCCCUCACCACCACUCCCCUUGGCCACCUGCGGCACCAGCCAGCUGCCCUAGGGACCCCUGCCGCUGACCCACAGGGGUAGGCUUGCCGGCCUACCACGCUCAGCCUCUCCA